ACGUCCAGCAGCACCAUGUGGGUGACCAAACUUGUGCCAGUCCUGCUGCUGCAGCACGUCCUCCUCCACCUCCUGCUGCUGCCCAUCGCCAUCCCCUAUGCAGAGGGACAGAAGAAAAGAAGAAACACACUUCAUGAAUUCAAAAAGUCAGCAAAGACUACUCUAGUCAAAGUAGACCCAUUACUGAAGAUAAAAACCAAAAAGAUGAAUACCACAGACCAAUGUGCCAAUAGAUGUAUUAGGAAUAAAGGACUUCCAUUCACUUGCAAGGCCUUUGUUUUUGAUAAAGCAAGAAAACGAUGCCUCUGGUUCCCUUUCAAUAGCAUGUCAAGUGGAGUGAAAAAAGAGUUUGGCCAUGAAUUUGACCUCUAUGAAAACAAAGACUACAUUAGAAACUGCAUCAUUGGUAAAGGAGGCAGCUACAAGGGAACGGUAUCUAUCACCAAGAGUGGCAUUAAAUGCCAACCCUGGAAUUCCAUGAUACCCCAUGAGCACAGCUUUUUGCCUUCGAGCUAUCGGGGUAAAGACCUACAGGAAAACUACUGUCGAAAUCCUCGAGGGGAAGAAGGGGGACCGUGGUGUUUCACAAGCAAUCCAGAGGUACGCUACGAAGUCUGUGACAUUCCUCAGUGUUCAGAAGUUGAAUGCAUGACCUGCAAUGGGGAAAGUUAUCGAGGUCCCAUGGAUCAUACAGAAUCAGGCAAGAUUUGUCAGCGCUGGGAUCAUCAGAUACCACACCGGCACAAAUUCUUGCCCGAAAGAUAUCCCGACAAGGGCUUUGAUGAUAAUUAUUGCCGCAAUCCUGAUGGCAAGCCGAGGCCAUGGUGCUAUACUCUUGACCCUGACACCCCCUGGGAGUACUGUGCAAUUAAAAUGUGCGCUCACAGUACUUUGAAUGACACUGAUGUCCCUAUGGAAACAACUGAAUGCAUAAGAGGCCAAGGAGAAGGUUACAGGGGCACCAUCAAUACUAUUUGGAAUGGAAUUCCGUGUCAGCGUUGGGAUUCCCAGUACCCUCACCAGCAUGACAUAACUCCUGAAAAUUUCAAGUGCAAGGACCUAAGAGAAAAUUAUUGCCGAAAUCCAGACGGGGCUGAGUCACCCUGGUGUUUUACCACCGAUCCAAACAUCCGAGUUGGCUACUGCUCCCAAAUUCCAAAAUGUGACGUGUCAAGUGGACAAGAUUGUUAUCGUGGGAAUGGCAAAAAUUAUAUGGGUAAUUUAUCCAAAACGAGAUCUGGACUAACGUGUUCAAUGUGGGACAAGAACAUGGAAGACCUACACCGUCAUAUCUUCUGGGAACCAGAUGCUAGUAAGCUGAAUAAGAACUACUGCCGGAAUCCUGAUGACGAUGCCCAUGGACCCUGGUGUUACACGGGGAAUCCUCUCAUUCCUUGGGAUUAUUGCCCUAUUUCUCGGUGUGAAGGAGAUACUACACCUACAAUAGUCAAUUUAGACCAUCCGGUAAUAUCUUGCGCCAAAACAAAACAAUUGCGAGUUGUAAAUGGGAUUCCAACACGAACUAAUGUAGGAUGGAUGGUUAGUUUGAAAUACAGAAAUAAACAUAUCUGUGGAGGAUCAUUGAUAAAGGAAAGUUGGGUUCUUACAGCAAGACAGUGUUUCCCCUCACGAAACAAAGACUUGAAGGAUUAUGAAGCUUGGCUUGGAAUCCAUGAUGUUCAUGGAAGAGGAGAUGAGAAACGCAAACAGGUUCUCAAUGUUUCACAGCUGGUGUAUGGACCUGAAGGCUCAGAUCUGGUUUUACUGAAGCUUGCCAGGCCAGCUGUCCUAGAUGAUUUUGUUAGUACAAUUGAUUUACCUAAUUAUGGAUGCACAAUUCCAGAAAAGACCACUUGCAGUGUCUAUGGCUGGGGUUACACUGGAUUGAUCAACUCUGAUGGUCUAUUACGAGUCGCACAUCUCUAUAUUAUGGAUAAUGAGAAAUGCAGCCAGCAUCAUCAAGGAAAGGUGACUCUGAAUGAGUCUGAAAUAUGUGCUGGGGCUGAAAAGAUUGGAUCAGGACCAUGUGAGGGGGAUUAUGGUGGCCCACUUGUUUGUGAACAACAUAAAAUGAGAAUGGUCCUUGGCGUCAUUGUUCCUGGUCGUGGAUGUGCCAUUCCAAAUCGUCCUGGUAUUUUUGUCCGAGUAGCAUAUUACGCAAAAUGGAUACACAAAAUUAUAUUAACAUAUAAGGUACCACAGUCAUAG